CACCCCCUACUUCUCUCUCUUGAAUCCUCCCCCCACCAUUAACGGAAAAAAAGGCUCAACACUCUUUCUCCGAUGCUUUCGCUUCCCAUUCCCAAUCACGCUUCCUCCGAGCCUCAGAAAAAACCCAAAAACCCCGCGUUGUUAGAGCGCAAGAACUCUCUCAAUUCCCUCAACUCCGUCCUCCAACCCAUCCACCAUGCCCACCCUCGCACUUGCCUCCUCCUCACCAUCCUCUCCCUCCAGAUCCUCCUCGUCUUCACCCUCCGCUCCCUCCCUCUCUCCCUCUCCCUCCCCAACCCACUCGGCCGCCAGGCCAACAUCCAUGUCGGCAACUCCACACCCGUCGACCCGACACAGGACCCAUGCGGGUCGGAUCGGAUAUUUGUCUACCAGUUGCCCGCUGCGUUCAACUCCGAGAUUCUGGCCAAUUGCGACGACUUGAACCCGUGGAGCUCGCGCUGCGACGCGCUGGCCAACGACGGAUUCGGCCGGAGCGCCACCGGGCUCGCCGGUAUCGUGCCGGAGGGACUGGUCCCGGCGUGGUACUGGACGGACCAGUUCGUGUCCGAGAUCGUGUUCCACAACCGGCUUUUGAAGCAUAAGUGCCGGGUUCUGGAGCCCGAAUCCGCCACGGCUUUCUACAUACCGUUCUACGCUGGACUCGCGGUGGGGAAGCAUCUGUGGUCGAAUUCGAGCGCCAGAGAGCGCGAUCGCCACUGCGAGAUGAUGUUGGGGUGGGUUCAGGACCAGCCGUACUACAAGAGAUCCAAUGGCUGGGAUCACUUCCUCACGAUGGGGCGCAUCACGUGGGACUUUCGGCGCUCCAAGGAUCACGACUGGGGCUCCCGCUGUAUCUACAUGUCCGGGAUGCGGAACAUCACGCGCCUCCUGAUCGAGCGGAACCCGUGGGACUACUUCGACGUCGGCGUGCCCUACCCCACCGGAUUCCACCCCAGGUCAGACUCCGACGUUAUAGAAUGGCAGCGCUUCGUCCGCGAGCGUAACCGCGCCAGCCUCUUCUCCUUCGCCGGAGCGACGCGUGGCGCGGUCCGGAACGACUUCAGAGGACUGUUACUUAGACAAUGCAAUGAGACGGACACGUGUACGGUUGUAAACUGCGCCAAGUCUCGGUGUUCAAACGGCACGUCGGCGAUCCUCGAAACGUUUCUGGGCUCCGAGUUUUGUUUGCAGCCGAGGGGUGAUAGCUUCACGCGAAGGUCGAUUUUCGACUGCAUGCUGGCCGGUUCGAUCCCGGUUUUCUUCUGGCGGCGAACCGCGUAUUACCAGUACGAGUGGUUUUUACCGGACAAAUGGGAGAGUUACUCGGUUUUCAUAGACCGUAACGCGGUCAAAAAUGGAACGUCUAUCAAGGAUGUGCUGGAGAGUUACAGUAAAGAGGAGGUGAGGAAAAUGAGAGAGAAAGUGAUCGACAAUAUACCGAAGAUAGUGUAUGCCAGACCCCAGGAGGGGUUGGAGACCAUAAAGGACGCUUUCGAUGUGGCUAUCGAGGGGGUGCUCAGGAGGUUCAGGGAGCAAGAGGAGGGGGGGUUCAAGUGGUAA